GGAAUUAUUUAUUUUCAUAUUUAAAAUAACAAUUAAAAAUUACAUUUUGGAAGAUGCUUUAAUUAAUAUAAACAACAAAGUUAAUGUUAAUUUAAUCGUUUUGUUUGCACUUCAUUUUUCCUACAUAUGUUUGUAUGCAAUAUUUUUAUGGUUCAUAAGUUAGCCAAUUCGUUUAAUUUGGAGAUAACCAUAUUCCUCUGACGUGGUUUUGUAUUGUUAAUUUUACCGAUUAACCUUUUGCGGUGGUUCUACAGGAAAGUUUUUAUAGCUUUUAUUAAUAUUGAAGCUUUCUUUUCGUUUUUUCGCUUCCUUGCAUUGUUGUGUUAUUUGUUCGAGUUAUAUUUUUCUUUGCGCUUUAGAAUUUGCCGCUUUAAGGCCUUCCAUUUUUGAAGGAUUUAUUUUUAGUUACAAACCCCCCCCCUGUGCCAUUUUUUAGAGCAGCAUAUAUUAUACUGCUAAAGUGCCUUAUUAUGUGCAUUUCCGUUUGUCCUACAGAAUGAGCAAGCUAAUCAUUUUUUCCUUUUUAUUUUUCGCUAUAUAAGAAGUGUCGAAAUAUAUACCCUCUUUUUUCUGGAGCGUGCAAAAAAAAAAAAAAAAAAAAAAAAUAAUAUUGGGCGCAUUUUUUAACAAAACAAAUUUAACAUAAUUAGGUCACUUUUUUUUAUAAUUUAAAAAUUUGAAAAGAAAAUAAUAUUCGCGAUUUUGCAGAUCACCCAAUAAUAACAAGAUUAAACAUGUUACAGCAUUGCAAUUAUGCAAAUAGAGUUUUUUCAGGUUUCUUCUUUUUGCUGUUGUUUUUUGUCGUUCAUAUCCCGCUAUCCCUAACAGAAAACACUGCUUAUAGUUCCAAGUGGGGAAAUCAAAUCACGGCUACAAGGUUCCAUAUAAGUAAAAAAAACAUUGGUGGUAGAAACCUUGCAGAGGCUUUAGAAAAAGUAAAAAAAUUUUUUUUUGGCAACAUCCUUUACGAUGACGAACCUGUAAAGUAUCCCCCUGAACCUCGAAAAAAGGAUGUAUUUAAAAAAAAAGUAAAGAAUUAUUCCAUUGAAGCUCGUUUAGCCCCAAAGAUAUAUUUUACUCCAACUGGAAGUGUCAUAUUUACAAACAAAAAAAAAGCCGCCAUUGAAUAUUACUAUUUCAAUGAAAACCAGAAAAAGAAAUACAAUGAAUUUGUAGAAGCAUUAUGGGAGGCAUUCCAUGAAGAAGCAAAAAGAAUAGGAUUAAGUGAUCAUGAGAGAAUGAAUUUAUUAAGCUCUGUCUAUCCUUUAAUUUCAAAGGAUUCAUCGACGCUGGAAGAGUAUUGGGAAAAACGUUUUCUUUUAUUGUUAAAGAGAAGAGUAAUAUGGCUCCUUCAAUUUGAAAGUCUUUUACGGGAAUGCAAUAAUUCAUGGAAUAAAUUGAUAAAGAAAAAUGAAAAAAAGUGGAUUGAAAUUCUAACAGAUAAGCUAAGAAAAUAUAACAUGGGGGAAAAAAAAAAAGAAAAGCCAAGUACAGAGGAAAAUGAAUAUGAGAUAUACGGAAAAAUGGAUAAACUCAAAAGGUUUCUAGAUAAAAUAAGCAUUGAUAUAUAUAAUACAUAG